UCUUGGAGCCUGCUCCCCCAUCUCUCGCCAUGCCCGCCUCUCAACGCUCCCUGCUGCCGCCGCUGCUGCUGCUCUUUCUGCCGUCGUUGCUUGUGAUUUGGUGCCUGGAUGUGGCGGUGGGAGCAGCGGAGGAGGGCGGCGGCCUGCCCUCCUCCUCACCCGGGGACAAUGGAGACCCAUCAGCCUCCGAACCGACCAGCACCUCGGCUCUGAUAGAAGAGCCCCAGUUUGCCCUGAAGGUCCUGGUGAGGGACCUGGUGACCCGUCAGGCGCUGCCGGGUGCUUCAGUGGACGUUUACGUCAACCACACCCUGAAGAGCUCUGCCCGAACAGGGGAGAGAGGAGAGGUUCUGCUCUGGGUCGCUUACAGCCCAGGCCUCAGUCUGACUCUGCUGGGCAACAUGGAGGGCUACGUGCCCAGCGCACUGCCCUGGAGCACCACGAAGAGGCCGAUUUUCUCUGCUGUGACGUUGCUGCUGCUGCCUCACAGUCAGGGCAACAUCUGGCUGUUUGAAGACUCAGUACUCAUCACAGGGAAGUUACCUGACCGCUCAUCCCAACCCAAGAUUAAGUUCCCCAAGAACCUGCUCACGAUGUCUGAUAAGAGCAACGUCUCCUCUGUGACAGCGUACCUGACCGUACCACAGCACCACCUGGCGAAGGACUGCGUCAACUGCACGCCAGGCAUCAUCAGCAAAAAAUCAUUUUUCAGAAGCAUCGAGCUGAAGGCGGUGGCGGCCGUCAACAUCCUGCUGUACUCUGGUGGUGAGGAGCUCCAGGUCCGAGGGCCCAUUCAAAUCAGCCUCCCCCUGGGACACGACACGCACCUCAGGGCCUCUGAUACGGUGCCAGCCUGGGCCUUUAACCUGAAGACAGGAGCCUGGGAGAAUCAGGGUCUGGGAAUAGUGAAAAGAGUUGGUCAUGAGCUGGUUUGGACCUACACCGCUUCCCAUCUGGGCUACUGGAUCGCCGCCUCCCUUCCCUCAUCAAACGAUUACCUGGGAUAUGGAAGCUCCAUUGAUUUCUUAUCAUACCACACCUACCUGUUGGUGGGAAUACUGGGAGCAACGCUGGCUGUAGUGAUUGCAUUUCUGUGCUUGAUGCUAUGUCACUGCGGGAGCAGUUCUUAUCGGGAGCCCAGGAGGAGAAGGAGAGCGCGCUUUUCCAAACUCACAGUGGUGAAAAAAGACCAAACCACCUCUACCCACAUGGAAGAAGGUAUGUUGUUCCGCUCUGGCGACAACAGCCUGGCUUCCUGCAGCGUCCAGUGUGACCCCUCGUCCACGCCGAGGCACAAAGCCAACUACAACAUCUACGUGGAGGAUCCAGGGGGUCGCCCGGGGGCUCCUCUCUACGAGAACAUCGCUCUGGAUCGGAUCAAAGGCUCCCAGGCGGCGUCUCACUACAUCAACAGUGAAGAGAUGGCUCGGCUUCGGGAGAAGUCGGAGCAGAACAACAUGAACUCUGACAACUUCUUUCCAGACAAGCUGGUUCAUCUUUACAACCAGCCAGUGGCGAUUAUUCAGGCGCCGGAGCUUUUCGGUGCUCAGGAUCUGUCAGGAUGCAAGUCUUCUACUUUCCCCCGCAAUGGAGGUGAGUAUGACGCUCACUCAGAGGCGUCAAAUAACGACAGCUACACCCAGACACUACCCAAAGUCUCUCACCACCACUCCCAAGGUGGGAGCAUGCCACAGCAGAGCAGCCAGGACGAGCCCCAGCCUCUGGAGACUCCUCCUCCAGGUCAAGGCCCCAACGCCGUCAUGUGGGGACGCUACAGUAACCUCCUGGAGUCCUCCGUCUCUGUGCCGGGGACUCUUAAUGAAGCGGCUGGUAUGGAGGCCUUCGGCAGUGGGCAUGGUGUACCCAGCGAGCUGCAGGGGAUUUCAGAGCGUACUCUGCUGGAGCUGACUCGCGGUAAAUCUCAAGCCAGGGCCUGGUUCGUCUCCUUAGACGGGAAGCCGGCCGCCCAGGUCCGCCACUCCAUUAUCGAGCUCCAUGGCCGCCGCCGCCCGCAGAGCAGCAACGACACCAGCCUAGACUCAGGCGUGGACAUGAACGAGCCCCAGCAGAACAUCCGUGACACGGAGCGGGACAGGCGAUCCAUCAGGGCCUCGUCUCUGCCGCACCACAGCCGAGCGGGGCGUUACAGCGAAGAGCAGGACCUGAGCAGCAGCGAGAGUGGCACGACAGCCACCUGCACGCCAGAGGACCCGUCCCUGAGGAAUAUUUUAGAUGGGAGCAGCGGGGCUAUUCCCAACAUUCCCGAAGAGCGGGACGGGAUGGAUACAUCCAGCGCUCAGGAGGACAGCGAGUCCAGAGCUACGCCGCCUCCACGGCGCCUCAGGAAGGUGAGGGAGAAGGGGAAGACGGAAAAGAGGAGUGCUAAGCAUGUCCGCGAGGGGAGACCUCUGACCAAGCGAAGUUAGAGCAUCAAGUUCAUUAGCGCUUAAUUUAAAUGUCCCAUUAACCCACAUUGAGCUAUUUCCAUCACAUCAGUGCUGAGUCAUCGAAAUUAGUUUGUACCACUUCGCAGGCAUCGUUGUUGUUGAGUUAUGUGAUUGUACAACUUUGCCAAAGAAUGCAUAGCUCAAGAAAUAAAGCAGGAUUUAUGUCACGUUGAAGCACCACGUAGCUGCUGUUAGACAAGUCUGUGCACCAUGUUCGGAUCUGAACAUCACCAGCGACAUUCUUCACAGCAAAAUGUCCGUGAGAACACGAUAUCCCAUAAUCCCCAGUACUGGCAUUAUAGAGGGUGCCUUCUUACUGCCUGUAAUCAUUGAAUAUGAUCACAGUAUUUGUCUAGAUUUAGUAAAAUCCGGUGAGUUUGCAGGACGGACACAGAUACAGGUCUAUGUGUAGUGCACUUAUCCUCACCGUAAAUGCCUGCUGUAAAUUAAAUAAGAUAGAGAAGCUUUCCCGGUUUGCAGAACUGACAUCUUGUUUGGAUCAUUCUGCCUCAUUUUUACUUAAAAAAAGACACUCUGGGGUUCACAGUUACAUCAUUAUUGGAUUAUCUGUCAGACAAAUUCAUGCGCCUGUCACCGACUCCAGUGGAUUUUGGAGUAAAAAACACUUAUGUACAGUAAAGCUAAGCUGCCAUUUUGAAGUUAUCACACCUGAUAUUCAAGGUUUUAAGCCUACAAUUAUGUUAGAAUGCAUGAAAAUGAAUGUUUCCUUUGCGUUUUACUGUAGAGAUAACUUUUUACGUCACCGUAGCUGUUGGAUUACUUGGAGACUGAAUGGUUUAUUUCAUUGUCUGGUCUUGGAAGGAGACUCAGUGUUGUGCUGCCAACUCUAACUACUGUAAUAACAAUAAUAGGACUUC